AUGCUAAUAAUGUUUUUCCACCUCCUUAAAACCCAAAGAGAACAAUUAUAUCUUUCGGGUGUAAAUCAUGUAGUUUUAUUUCAAUCUUCUUAUUUAUUCUAUAAUUUUCGGGUUGGUAAGCCACAUUGGCUGUGGGGUUUUGGAAUUGAAUCUGCC